AUGACAGCGGGAUAUCAAAUAAAAGAUUUUUACAAACGUGAUUAUAUAUCAAAUUUAUCAGAAAAAUUAGAGGGUAAUUUAUCAAAAAUGUUAGAACUUCAAUUUGAAAAAAUGCAAAAAAUAAAACAUUUGGAAAAUAUUGAAAGUGUAAAAACACAAUAUGAAACAUUGAUUCUUAAUUUCAUCAAAUUAAAUGGUCAUCUAGAAAAAAUUGAAAAAAUUGAAAAAAUUAAAAAAAUUGAAAAAGAUUGUGAAAAAUUUUCAAAAUUAAUUGAUGAAAAAAUCAAAUCACAACCAGAUAAUUUUUUAAAUUCACUAAAAAAAAUAAAAAAGGAUAUUAAUUGGGUAAUAGAAUUAUCAGGAGUACUAAGAACACCUUUUUCAAUGGGUUGUGCUUUACUUAUAACUGGGAUACUCCUUUCAUCAUUUUCUUUUGGGUCAUCUGCAAUAUGUAUCUUGAUAGGUGUUAUCAUGAUAAUCUGUGAUUGUUUACCUAUUACCACAAUUAUUUGCACCGUUUUAAAAAAAGAGCAAGUUAAUAAUCUUAUCAAGGUAUUGGAAAAAUUUGAAAGCUUUUUUAAGAAGAUAGAUUCGGCUCUUAAUCAAAAGACUUGUAAAACCACUAUAAAUCAUAAAAAUAGAGGUUAA